GAUAGUUCAGUUUGUAUGCAACUUCCGAACGGUGUGGUCUUGUUUCGUGUCGUGGUCGCCAUCGUCGUCGCCGUCGUUGUCUUCGUCGUCGUGGUCGCGUUGAGUAGUUCUUGAGACGCGCCGCCUUUUCUUCGCCACGGCAGCACACACACGUGAUGGUGGUUUGUUGUUUUGCCGUGGUCGCGAUCGCAGAGCUUUCGAUUCUAGUGUUGGUGUGUGACAUUUUCGUUUGACGUUCUUAGUACGAGCUAGAACUAUCGGAAUAAACGAAUAAAAAUUUGAACAAGUAUUUUGCAGUGGAUCAUGCCCUAGUUCUCUGUCUCGAGUGAACUCGCCGAACAGACACCGAAGGAGAACUAGCCAACCAGGAAGCCUGGGUUGCUGUGAUUGUGAGGAACCAGUUUUGUUUUUUUUUCUUUCUGACUGCACAAUCGAAACUUGAGGGUGACUUGAGCUGGUGCGCAGACAACGAACUUCCCGAUUUUUGCACCACUUUUUCAGUCCCCAUAAUUGAAAGUGAUAAUUGAUUCGAUCAACAGGAUCGGCCUGCUGGUCUAGAGAAGUUGUGCAACUUUUGGAUGGUUUUUUUUUGUCCUCCACACCGAAACGAGUGAUGAUCGUUUGAUUCAAAGCGACCAAUAAGAGGGAGAAGAAGAAACACCGAAAAUUGAAAUUAAUUUAUAUUAAUUCUGAAAAUGAUGAACAAGUGCUUGGUGAUCAUGAGUGUGUGCGCUGGCAAGUGACGUGAAGUUCCCUUUCACUUAAGUGUCCGAGCCAAAUGAGCCAAAACAAAGUCCGGCUGGUGUGAAGAGAGCAAUUGGAGGAUAUUGGAAAGGAGUUUGUUGGAGUCCAUUGGAAUCUCGAGUGGGUUUUAUUGGACCAGCACUGCGGCGAGUGUGGCAGUGAAGUGAAACGAUGAUGAAAGUCCAGCUGGAGGACCAACGAUUGCUGUUGAAGCGACGCCGAAGAAGACAUCGCGAUUUGUUGGAUGACGACGGUGGUGGCGGUGGCGUAGCGCGUCCCGAUACUGUCAAUCGCAGUUGGCGGUUGUCCAACAACCGUGCGCUUGUUGCGGCCGUUGCCAUUUGCGUGAUCUACUCCGCUGGCAGCUGGGCCGGUGUUGGUUGUCAAGUUUGCGGACCUCCAGCGAUUCCGGCGAAUGCCCGGGUACAGACACAACCAGCGGACGGUGGUGGCCCCGGUUUCCGAUCGGCCAAGUACGAAUGUGACUCCGGCUAUCAACUGUUCGGCACGGAAACGAUCCGCUGUGACCCGGUCAAGGGUUGGGAUCGGGAAUUGCCGUUUUGUGGGACCAACGUGGCAUUCCGCAAACCGGUGAAUCAAUCGUCAUCGACUCGAUCGGGACCGGCAAGUUUGGCCAACGAUGGUAAACCGGGCAACCAGAAUCCGGACGGACAGGAAUGUUCGGAAACGCAGAAGGAAGCGUCACCGUGGUGGCGGGUAGAUUUGCUCACACCGGAAGCGGUCCGGGUGGUACGGAUCGUUACCCGCGGAUGCUGCGGUCAUCAACCGCUACAGGAUUUGGAAAUACGCGUCGGCAACAGCAGUUCGGAUCUGCAACGGAAUCCACUGUGCGCUUGGUAUCCCGGUACGAUGGAUGAGGGCAUUACCAAAAGUUUCACCUGUGCCCGGCCACUGAUCGGUCAGUACGUGACGGUUCAACUGGUCGGUGUCGAGAGUAGUUUGAGUCUGUGCGAGGUUGAGGUGUUUUCCAAUGACGAGUUUUCCCCAGACCGUUGUGCUGCCCCGAGCCUGAAUGCGGACACGGUUCUGGCGACGUUCGCCAAAACCUGCUACGAGUUUCACAUCACCCGAGGCGAAAGCUUCGAUAAGGCCCGACAGAUCUGCCAAUCGCACGGAGGCGAUUUGGUUCACGACUUUCGGGGAGCCACCACGGAUUUCAUCAUAUCCGAGUUGGAACGACGGAAGACCGACCUACGGACGCAGCUGGUGUGGAUCGGAGCCCAGAAGGAACCGGGCAUCACGGCCCGCACCUGGAAGUGGGUGAAUGGUGAUACGGUACUGAAGCCAACGUGGGGCAAAGAUCAACCGAACAACUACAAUGGCGAGCAGAACUGCGUGGUCCUGGACGGUGGCCGAAGCUGGCUGUGGAAUGAUGUCGGUUGUAAUUUGGACUAUCUGAACUUUAUCUGUCAACACAACCCGCUCAGUUGUGGUUCGCCGGAUGCCUUGGUCAAUACGACGAUCGUGGGUAGGAAUUUUUCCAUCGGUGCCAACAUCAGUUACACCUGUCCGGUGGGACAUUCGUUGAUCGGAGUAGGACAGCGGUUCUGUCAGGAAACGGGAUCGUGGAGUGGACAACCACCGACCUGCAAGUAUGUUGAUUGUGGUCGCUUGCCGGACAUCGAGCAUGGAGGUAUUUUCCUGUCGGAACAACGAACAAGCUUCGGAGUUAAGGCCAGCUACACCUGCCACGAGAACUACACCCUGAUUGGGAACGAGAAUCGAACCUGUCUGGCCGAAGGUUGGUCCGGCACGGAACCGAAAUGUUUGGUUGAUUGGUGCCCGGAACCACCGGCAAUUCAGGGAGGUAGCAUGAAGGUUUCCGGACGCCGUGCGGGUUCCACUGCCAUCUAUUCCUGUGAUUACGGGUUUGUUCUGAUCGGAGAACCCAUUCUGUCCUGUGGUUUGGGAGGAAAUUGGACCGGCAAAACGCCGGUUUGUCGCUUUGUGGAUUGUGGAAUGCCAGCCCGACCGGAUCGCGGUAAUUUACUGCUGGUCAACGAUUCCACCACCGUUGGUUCGGUGGUACGAUACUUCUGCGAUGACGAUUACUGGUUGGUCGGUCCGCAGGAACUGUUCUGUACCAAGGAUGGCAAGUGGUCGGGCAGUGCACCGGCAUGCGAGUUAAUCACCUGCGAAACUCCCCACGUCCCACCGGGAUCGUACGUCGUGGGUUACGAUUAUAACAUCCAUUCGUCGAUUCAGUACCACUGCGAUCCGGGUCACAUCUUGCGAGGGGAGGACACACUCACCUGUUUAGAAUCGGGCCACUGGAGCGGUGAAGCACCGGACUGCGAAUACGUCGACUGUGGACCGUUGACACCGGUUCCGUUCGGAUCGCAUCGCUAUCUGCAGAAUACAACCUAUCUCGGAUCGGAAGUGAUGUAUUCGUGUUCCAAUUCACACCGGCUGAGUGGAACGCCGAAACGGACCUGUCUGGAAAGUGGAUUGUGGAGUGAUGCAGCGCCACGCUGCGAGGAGAUUCGCUGCCCGGAACCGACAUUCGCUCCGCACAGUAUUCUCAGUGUGACCGGAAACGAUCGGAUGUACGGCCGAACGUUGAUCCGGACGUCGGAUGUGGCGGCAAACAGUGUCCAGACAUACAAAAUCGGUGCACUGGCUAAAUAUCGAUGCGAGCGGGGUUACAAAAUUGUCGGUGAACCGCUGAUAACCUGCGAAGAGAAUGGACUGUGGAGCGGUCAGAUUCCGGAGUGUGUUUAUGUUGAUUGUGCCGUUCCAUCGACUACGGCUAACGGACGGGUUACGCUUGCCACGAAUGCCACCUACUACGGGGCGGCCGCACUUUACGAUUGUAACAGCAACUUCAAACUGGAUGGCGUCUCCCGACGCCUAUGCAUGGAGGAUGGAAGCUGGAGUCACGAGACACCGGCAUGCGUGGAAAUCACCUGCGAUGAACCGAAUCUGGCCGAUAAUUUGGUGGUAGAUUUCGGUAGCAAAAAGGUAGGUACAACGGCCAAGUUUGCAUGUACCAAAGGGCGCUACAUGGUCGGCAAUGGUACCAGAACUUGUCAGUUAUCUGGUGUGUGGUCCGGACGAAAUCCAACCUGCAAGUUGAUUGACUGCGGGCGCCCGGCUGACAUCGAAAACGGUCGAGUGAUUGUAGUCAACGAUUCCACGGUGUACGGAGGAUCGGCGGAGUACCAUUGCAUUCCGCACUACAACCGGAUCGGACCGUAUCUGCGCAAAUGUAUGGAUGAUGGUAAAUGGAGCGGUGAGGAACCUCGAUGCGAAUUGAUUGUCAACGAUGCCCAAGAGACGAACAGCUUGGGCACCGGAAUCGCCAUCGGUGCCGCCAUCAUCGUCAUUCUGCUCAUUCUGAUCGGAGUGCUGUUUCUCCAUCGGAACAAAGCCCGGCCGGUGAAGAACACGGAGAAUGUGCAGGCGGCUGAACACAAGGACGAACAGAAUGCGGCCGUAAUGUCGUAUUCUUCACUGGAAAAUGGUCGGCAUAACUUUGAUCUGCCGAAUCGAGGCAAUCUGGUGACGUUCAAUACGUUCCAGGGUGGAGGCGCCAACGGGCAUCCUCCGCCACCCAGUAGACUUAAUAACGGUAGUAGCACUAGUCCAAUGAAUAACAAUAGUUUAAGGCACAUGAACGGUGGCAGUGAGAAUAUCUACGACCAGAUACCAAAUGAGCAGUUUUACGAUGCACCAUACGAGAUGCGGAACAACGACGAAGUGUACGAACCGGAACCGACCGUCAGGGGGAAUGUCAUCACCAUUAACGGAGUCAGCGUACGAUAGAUGGUGGAUUCUACUGUGUUCCUCGCGAUAAAUUACCUACUAUUAAUCGUAUCGACUUUGGUUAUUUAGUUUGUAUAUCGAAAGACUAAGACUACGGAAAAAUCCAAGGCGAAAUUUUAAAUCAUCAAAAUAAACUAAUUUAUUAGGCCCUUUCUCCCACUCUGACGACUGCGGUUUCCCCGCCUGGCGGGUAACUACUUUUAUGUAAAUAUUUCGCUUAAGUAUACAAAGGAAAAAAAUUUUACUGCUAUCGAUUGGAAACGGAAUAUUUUGUAGCUUAUCAAACAACAACAAAAAAAAACUCCUUAAGAAGAGCUUUCGAGUACUUUGUACAUAUUAAAAAAUAUAUAUAUUAAACACCAA